AUGGCUGGGGUCAACAGCUCCAGCCUGACCCCGGGAUUCUUUAUCUUGAAUGGUGUUCCUGGGCUGGAAACUGCGCACAUCUGGAUCUCCCUGCCAUUCUGCUUCAUGUACAUCAUUGCUGUGGUGGGGAACUGCGGGCUCAUUUAUCUCAUCUGCCAUGAGGAGGUCCUGCACCGGCCAAUGUACUACUUCCUGGCCCUGCUCUCCUUCACAGAUGUCACCCUGUGCACAACCACUGUACCCAAUAUGCUGUGCAUAUUCUGGUUCAACCUCAAGGAGAUUGACUUUAAUGCCUGCCUGGCUCAGAUGUUUUUUGUUCACAUGUUGACCGGGAUGGAGUCUGGGGUGCUCAUGCUCAUGGCCCUGGACCGCUAUGUGGCCAUCUGCUGCCCCUUACGCUAUGCCACCAUCCUCACCAGCCCUGUCAUCACCAAGGCUGGUCUUGCCACCUUCCUGAGGGGUGUGAUGCUCAUUAGCCCGUUCACUUUCCUUACCAAGCGCCUGCCUUAUUGCCGAGGCAACUUCAUUCCCCAUACCUACUGUGACCACAUGUCUGUGGCCAAGGUGUCCUGUGGCAAAGUCAAGGUCAAUGCUAUCUAUGGUCUCUUGGCAGCCCUCCUGAUUGGGGGCUUCGAUAUCUUCUGUAUUUCUGUGUCCUACACAAUGAUCAUACAGGCAGUGAUGAGCUUGUCAUCUGCAGAUGCUCGUCACAAAGCAUUCAGCACCUGUACAUCCCACAUAUGUGCUAUUGUCAUCACAUAUGUUCCAGCCUUAUUCACCAUUUUUACUCACCGCUUUGGGGGACAAAACAUUCCCCACCACAUCCAUAUUAUCAUUGCUAAUCUCUAUUUGAUGUUUCCCCCUACCCUGAACCCCAUUGUUUAUGGAGUCAAGACCAAGCAGAUCCGGGAAGGAGUGAUCAAGUUAUUUUUUAAGGAGAAAGAUAUCUUAGCUAUGAAAUAA